CCCUACUUCUCCACUUUCACCAUUGGCCGUCGCCUAGUCGAAGAGGAAUCCUAAACUCAAUCUCCGGCGGCAAAAAUGAAGUUCAACCCACGAGUCUCCUCGUCUAGACGCAAGAGCCGCAAGGUCCAUUUCACGGCACCCUCUUCCGUCCGCCGCGUUUUGAUGAGCGCACCACUGUCAUCCGAUCUGAGGUCCAAGUAUAAUGUCCGGUCCAUGCCGGUCCGUAAGGACGACGAGGUCCAAGUGGUUCGUGGUACCUACAAAGGACGCGAAGGGAAAGUUGUGCAAGUGUACCGUCGCAAAUGGGUGAUUCACAUCGAGCGCAUCACGCGGGAGAAAGUGAACGGUUCGACCGUCAACGUUGGGAUCAACCCAUCGAAGUGUGUUAUCACCAAGCUGAGACUCGACAAGGACCGGAAGUCGUUGCUGGAUCGUAAGGCUGAGGGACGUGCCGCUGCUGAGAAGGAUAAGGGUACUAAAUUUUCUGCUGAGGAUAUAAUGCAGAGUAUCGAUUAAGGUUUGAAUUUGUUAUCAUUUAGGGAAUUUGCAACUUUUCAAUUUUAGUUUUAUGGCUUCUUUUUUCAUGUUAUCAAUCGGUAAUGCGAUGAUGAAACUGAGUGUUCUUGGACUUAAUGCUAUAUGUUGCAAUUUUGGAUAUUUUGC